AUGAGGAGCCAGCAUUGUCAUUCAGCUGCUACUCACAAUGCUUUGACGUUCUUAAGCAGCAUAAUAUCCAUCUCAUAUUUUUGUAUCUUGACUUUGCAGGCUGGCCACGAAGCAUUCGUACCUAUUACUAGACAAUUCUACUGCAGAGCUGCUUGCAUCAUUUUGGUUUAUGAUAUCACAAGGAGGGAGACUUUUGAUCAUAUUGCUACAUUGCUUGAAAGAGCAAGAGAGCUAUCGAGAGCCGGCGUAACAUUGGCGCUGAUCGGAAACAAAUGCGAUCUGUCUCACAUGCGUGCGGUCAGCUACGAGGAAGGGCGAGAGUUCGCCGAGAGGCACGAUCUCGUGUUUAUGGAGGCCUCUGCAAAAACCACACAAAAUGUUGAUGAGGCAUUCAUUCUGACCGCUGAAAGAGUACACAAGAAAGUCCAAGAUGGCGUCCUUGACUUACCUGAAAAGGUCAGUUUAAGUGCUUGCCUUGUCCAAUAUGCAGGCAAGGCAAAAGAUUGGCUAUCAAUUGGUUGGCAACCAACUUACUUUGCCAAUCUCUCAAAACUUGGCAAUCUUUGGCAAGCUUUGGAGUCGUCAAAUCUUGGCAUGCCAAUAUGCUGGAUAGCCAAUUUUUGGCACAAAAUGGGUCAAUGGAAGUAG